AUGAACGAAUAUAGAAACAUCGAUGGCGAUGAUGAAGUUGACAGAAGAGAAUGCAUAGAUUUGACAUCUGAAAGAGGUAUAGAGCACUUAGACGCAUACCACGACGAUGAGAUCAACAUAGACGAAUACAGACGAGAGAACGAUUGGAGGCAAUGGGACCCAGAGGACAGCCAACAAAGAGCAGCGGACAGACAUAUAAGGAACUACAUCACAAACCGGAGUGUCGAGGGGCAUGUGUAUAACCUACAGCCCGAGGCAAAUAUAACGGAGCAGGAGAGGUUGAUCCUUUACAAGUGGACAGAGGCCGUGAUUUUGGAGAUAUCCGUGGCGCAGUCGAUUGCAGGUGCCGCCACUAUGCUGAGCAUGGACCAGGUCAUGGUACCCGUAUAUCAUGCCAUACCGUCGGGGAAUGAGAUCAUAACCUACGACGUCCUGCGCAAGAACGCGGAAAAGUUGCUGGAGAUGCAACUCAAUCCAUUGAAAGGUUACAUUGAGCUAUACAACAACAAUCCGGCGGAAUACAGGCGUAUGGUGGUAGAAAGGGUAAGACAGGCCCAACGAAACAAUGCGAACAAUGUGAUAGAUAUCCCAGGUGUGAUAAACAUUAAUGAUAUCAAUCCAAAUAUCCCCAAUGCAGAAGAUAGAGUGCAGGUCAAUUUUGACGCCGAGGUAGCAAGGAAGAGCAUGUUCAACGUCAAGUACCUGAGGACAUUGGCAGAGCAAUAUGUCAAGGCACAGAAGAAAUUAAGGACCCUUUCACCCAUCGCGUGGAAUUCAUUGGACGAUGCGUUCAAUCUUGUGGAAGACGUUUUCUUGCAACAGGGUCUGAACCUGGAGAAUUACAUAUGCAGGGAUCCAAGGAAAAUGCAGACAGAGUUUAAACUCAGCAGGCGGGAGUUUAUCACCUUUAUAUCGAGACAUCCUCUUUUACACACACACAUAUGCAAGGCAGCAGGGGCAAGCCUGCAGGCUACUAUGAACCUUAGGGAUGGGUCGUACUCCUCCUUAAGAAAGUACAACACAAACGACACAAGGACUCUUGUAUACAUAUUCAGGACAAAAUACGAAGUGAGGAGAUCGGUAAAUGAGCUGAAACUUCUACUCGAGGAUGUAAAGGAGAGACCAAUGCUCUACUUAGAAUACUUCUUGGAUACAACCAAGGGAAUACAGCAGACAGGAUUUCAGAAAUGGCUAGUACGCGAUGAUGCUCCACAGUUCCCUUAUCAGAGGGGUGAACCGAUGCCAGCACCCCAGCCUGCAAGGAAUAAUAACUUAUUGCCUGGUUGGAUGAACAAUAUCAACAUUAUGGGAACAGACAUUCAAGAUAUGGCCCAGAUCAAUCCUGGCCCAGUGGGUCUACAGAGGUUUGAAGUAGAAAACAUUGAUCAAGACAGGGAUGUGGACAAACUUAUUGAUACUGUUAUUUCAAACGAUGCCGACACAGAUCGGAACACUACAAAAGAGAAGGAGGUAGAUAAGGUCUUUGUGCACAAUAACAACAUGACAUCACUCAAAGAUAUUAUAGGCAGAAGCCGAUUCUUUUCAUAUUGA